AUGACACCAUUGCUGGUCUUCAUCACUUUACUGGUGGUCCCAGUUUUGUCUUCAUGUCCAAAUGGAUAUGACGAACAUGAUGGCUCUUGCUAUGCUGUAGUUCCAAUUAAAACAACCUGGCCUGAAGCAUCGACAUAUUGUGGGGCCAUUGGGGGGUAUUUAUCCGUUGUUGAUGGUGAUGUUGAAAGAAAUUAUUUGAAAAAUUACAUAAAUAACAAAUAUGGAACUCUAUAUAAUUACUACUGGAUUGGUGGACAUAACUAUAUUGAUGGUUCAUGGAGUUGGGGAAGUAGACCAAUUGAUAAUAUAAAGUGGAAUCCUGGAGAUCCUACCGGAAGAGUUGGCGAAAAAUGCUUAAUGAUGGUACAGAAGACUGACUAUCUUUUCUCAGACUUUGAAUGUGAUGCUAAAAAUGCGUUCCUUUGUGAAGCUAGAGCAAAUUAA